CAACAAACGAACUGAAAGGCGCCGCCGGGGACAUGCUAUGAGGUCCUGGCCGACAAUCUGCUACUGACUACUGUUAAUCAGACUGGCUCUGGCCCAAAUCAGCCCAACAUAUCUAUCAGCUGUGCAGCCAUAGGUAUUGGCCAUGGCAAUUUCAACAACUGCCCCUCCCCCGACCGCGACGCGGACCCCAAACUAUGUCCCGAGUUCUACUCUCUCAGCUCACUCUCGGGCCGUUACGGCUCUGCGAUUUUCUCCAGACGGCACGUUGCUGGCCAGUGCGGGUGCCGACGGCUGGCUUCACUUCUGGCAUCCAACUAGUGGAGAACAUAUCCGUGGAUUCCGUGCCCACAAAGCAGGUAUCAACGACAUCACAAUAUCCCCAGACUCCCUCUACAUUGCCACGGCUUCGGAUGAUCACACUUCAGACAUUCACCUUCUGCACCCGACACCGGGAGUAACUUUUUACCCGCCACCUCUAGAACCUUCUGAUGCUUCAGAUACGGAAGAUCACCCUAUAGCUCCAGUGCCUCCUCAAUCGUCUGUAUCAUCAUCAUCCACGGUUCCAGCUAUACGUCACCUUGUCUCACACACCGCCCCCGUGCUUUCUGUUGCCUUUUCUCCCAAAUCCAAUCUCCUCGCGACUGGUAGUUUUGAUGAAUCGACGAUAAUAUGGGACGUCAAAAGGGGCAAAGCCUUGAGGCAACUGCCUGCACAUGCAGACGCUGUGUGGUGUGUGGCUUGGGAUGCAGAAGGCGAGAUGGUGCUCACAGCUGGCGCAGAUGGAUUAAUACGACUGUGGGACGCCAGUACGGGACAGUGUCUCAAAACCCUAGACAACGACACUAAUUCCCCUAUCUCAUACGCCGCAUUCACCCCAUCUUCUGUUUUCCUACAAGCUUCCACCCUUUCGUCUACUCUGAGAAUAUAUAACAUCCACACGGGCAAAGUUAUAAAGACAAUACGCGCUCCUGGCACCUUUGUCAGUGAACGAUGGCCUUGUCCCGCUGUCAUCUACGAGGGUCUACCGCCUCUAUUCCAAGGCACCGAGAGCAACGGUCAUUUAGAUCCGUUGAAAGAAGAAAAGAUGGACGUGGACUGUGUAGACAGAGAUCCAGAACCAGCAAAGCCCCCAGUCGUAGUGUCCAAUGUCAAGACUAAAAUGAGAGAUGCGUGGAUCAUCUCCGGCUCCGAAAAUGGCAAGUUGAUCAUCUGGGAUAUUCAAAGCAAGCGAGUGCUGCAAGUUUUAGAAGGAGACCUAUCACAUCGUUGCUCUGUUGUUGCCCUCGCUGUGUCGCCGGACGGAAGGACGAUCGCUAGUGGAUCGUUAGAGCCUGAAAAAGUCAUCAAGCUUUGGAGGGACGCAGAAUAGAAGCCUGUAUUGCUGGCGCAGUGUAUGACUGCAUAUGCUAUAUUAUGUUGUAUGAUAAUGAAUGCCAUCGCUAUGCCCGCACCGACUCAUAAUCCCACUCGCCCUCCCUUGCCCUUGACGCCUUUCCACACAUUAUCCACCCAUUCCUUUUCGUCCCUGUCGACAAGCACAAAGUCUCCUCCCAUAUUUGUCGCUCCAUUAAUUCCGGCCGUACCUUGAGGAGACCUCCCUUGGCCCCUUUCGUAGAAAAGCCCGCUGCUAGGUGACUCAGUUGGAGGAAGGUUGAGUAUCUUGGCUGUAGAACUGGAAAGUGAAGUAGAGGUAGAAUUACUGAGAGCAGUCCGCGCAGCGGCAUGGGACGGCCCUGAUGGAGUCUGCUGAACAGCGGUCUGAGCUGGUUGAUUCAAGGAUGAUGGUGACGGACGAUAGACUUGGCGAGACAGUGGCUGUGGG